CCAAGCGGAAUGGCCACCAUUUCUGCUUCGAGGUCCCUUCUGUUCUCCCAUCCCACCAAGCUCUUUCUUUUUUCCUUCAAAGCUUCUUCUUCUUCCUCCUUUUCUUCCAAUUUUUCUCCUUGCCUUCGUCUUCAAUUCACCAGGGCCACUUGCAGUCUCCAGAUCUCACCUUCUGCCUCUGACCCUCAGCAACAGAAUCGAGUGCUUCGCCCCAAUGUCGUCGAAAUCCUUGAGGAAAGAGGCCUACUUGAGUCGCUUACUAGCGAUGCUCUUAAAACAGCCUGUUCGGACCCUGCUGCUGGACCCCUCAAGGUCUAUUGUGGUUUUGACCCCACAGCUGAGAGCCUACACUUGGGCAACCUUCUUGGGCUCAUCGUGCUCUCGUGGUUCCGCCGCUGCGGCCAUAAAGCUGUUGCUCUGAUCGGAGGCGCCACCGCUCGUAUUGGAGACCCGUCUGGGAAGGCCCUCGAGAGACCUGAACUUGAUGCCGAUACUCUGGAGAAGAACAUCGUAGGUAUUAGUAACACUAUAAGAAGAAUUCUGGGUGGUACUCAAAAUUUGUACUUGAAUGCGAAUUCGAAUCUCGACGAUUCUUCCCUUGUGAUUUUGAAUAACUACGAUUGGUGGAAGGAGUUUAGUUUACUGGAUUUUCUGAAACGAGUAGGUCGAUAUGCCAGGGUGGGUUCAAUGAUGGCCAAAGAAAGUGUGAGGAAGAGGUUGGAGUCGGAACAAGGAAUGAGCUAUACGGAGUUCACUUACCAGUUGUUGCAGGGCUAUGAUUUCUUACAUUUGUUCCAGAACGAGGGUGUUAAUGUUCAAAUUGGGGGUAGUGAUCAGUGGGGUAAUAUAACUGCUGGGACUGAGUUAAUUCGAAAAAUAUUACAGGCUGAGGGUGCCUAUGGCUUGACAUUUCCUCUUCUACUGAAAAGCGAUGGUACCAAAUUUGGUAAAUCCGAGGAUGGCGCUAUUUGGUUAUCCCCUGCCUUUUUGUCUCCUUACAAAUUUUACCAGUAUUUUUUCUCUGUUCCUGAUGCUGAUGUGAUCAGGUUUAUGAAAAUUCUUACUUUUUUGGAUAUUGAAGAGAUAGAGGCCUUGGAGAGAGAGAUGACGAAACCUGGUUAUGUGCCUAAUACCAUUCAGCGGAGGCUUGCUGAAGAAGUUACCCGUUUCGUUCACGGGGAAGACGGGUUAAAUGACGCUUUUAAGGCAACAGAAGCCUUAAGGCCAGGAUCUCAGACAAAGUUGGACUGGAAAACUAUUGAGGGGAUAGCUGAGGAUGUCCCCUCUUGCUCUUUAGCUUAUGAUGAAGUUUUGAGUUUGUCUUUGGUUGAUCUAUCAGUUUCUGCUGGUUUGUUUGACAGCAAAUCUGCUGCGCGCAGAAUGUUAAAGCAAGGAGGCAUUUACUUGAACAAUAACCGAGUAAACAAGGAAGACAAGAGAAUAGAGGCUGUAGAUAUAGUGGACGGAAAAGUGCUUCUUUUAUCGGCAGGCAAAAAGAACAAGGUUCUGGUGCGAAUAGCAUGAACUGGUUGAUACUGGAGUUUUCUUUGUAGACUGAUAUUUGCUUUGUAUACUUUUUGUAUGCAUAUUUAAUCUUUGAUUUUGUUGGUUAUCUUUGAAACAAGUGCACCGAUUGGUCAUCAAUUUUGACAUUCAAUAAGGUGCUUCAACGUCCAUGAAAUUAUUGUUAAUUAUCUUUUUGUAUGCUACAUGCAUCUUUAUUCACUUCCACUAUUGGAACUGCAAACUUAUUUCUGGAGUGCUUAUUAUUCUGUUAUAAACCAUACUUGAGUUGAAUUACGAAUGCCAAUAAUAUUGAGCAUUGAAUAAUAAGAAUGAAUCUAGAGGUUGUUUGAACAACAUUUUAUUUUGAGAAUUCAAUGAUUAUCUGCUGCACUGACCUCUCCAUAAGUAAUAUCUAAGAUUAUGAUGCAUUGCUUUGCGUGUCAGAGCAUUGAGGUGAAGACUAGUUAAACAAAUUUAAGUUUUCAUUGGGUUCUAAUGCAUCUGGCAGAUUAGGGUCAAUCUGGAUGCACGUAUUAAAACAUGAACCAUCACCUGCUUGCACUUAAGCAAUACAUUGGUGAAAAUAUUCCUACCAAAACUUGCUCUUAGAUAGACAAAAUCAUCUGUUUUCACCCAACUUUAUCUGCUACUCUGAUCUUCUCCCCCUCUUAUGCUGGCCUCCUUUCAAAAACCCUUCCUAUGACGCCCUUUUACUUUUGCUGUGAUUCCUUUUUCCCUUGACUCUUAUAGGAUAUACCCUGGUGCCAUUAGUUGGUCCGUUAGUUACAGCUGCUUUGUCCUGUUUUCACCCUUUGCUUGUUAACUAUAGUUCUUUGUGGCAGUACAGGCUGCUACGGAUGGAUCAUUCUAAUUCUAUGAGAAAAUUUUUCAACAUAUAAAAAAUUAUUCAAAACCUGCUUUCAAGAUCAAAAAUUGAGCAGGAGAAGUUAUCCCCAAAAAAAAAAAUUGAGCAGGAGAAAGAAAGUAGCAAUGGCAUAACUUGGCAUUUUUGCCUGCUUGAAUGUUGAAUGUUGAGAAGGCAUUGACAUGUAUUAUAUUAGUUUUAAUUUUGCAAAUGAUAUUUAUGUGUGAAAGAAAUUAAAAAAAAUAGUUCAACUAAAUAUAAAAAUAAAAUUACAAGCCUAGAUCUGGUGAUGCAAGUGUCGCUUUUCACAAUCUCUACCAUGAGCAAGCCGCAAUGUGAUUAUUGAAGGUUGGAAUUCUUCCUUAACAUCAAAGAGUUUGCAAGACUUUGAUGAGUGGUGCUCCUUUGAUGCUGCGGGCCCUCAAUUCCGAUUUAGGGAACGUUUUGUGCUACCUAUGGAUUGAUUCAAUAGUCUCUUUCUUCUCUACAAGUACCUCCUCUCUUCACCUUUUCUCUUCAUUUGUUGAUUCAUUUCCCUGUGCUUGGUGGAUUUCAAUCAUGCCCCAUGAAUAUGAGAUCCUUGAAGGGGGCUUUGAGUCAUUUACUUCUUUUAUUUCGCUUUUUAGUGGUUUCCAUUGAAGGGUUGUGUCUGCUAAAUAAUUGAGAUUUUUUCUGUUGAAAGGUGAAAUGAGAUUUGACGAGGAUAUUAAUGCAAGUCUUAUUUAUUGGAGCCAGCUUUACAAUACGCGGCCUAGUUCUUAUCUUUGGUUCGGUUUCCUUUUUCUCUCUCUUCUUGUGAGCGUCAUUGAGUAGCUUUCAACAGACAAUCUACAAUCAUUUUAAUAAUUGUAAAUGUGAUAGUUGAACAAAAAAGCAUGAUUACAGGUUGCUGAGAUUGCAUUUCUACAUUAUCCCCUUCUCAUUCUGCAAUUUGUUAUCCUUAUUACCUUCAGCUUUUGGGUCUUAUCUACCAAGUGAUCAGUUAUAUUAAUGGUUGGAUUUGUAAAGUUGAAAAUCUGCUAGUGCUUUGAAGGGGCUUGGUGUUGUAUAGGCAAACAACUGUAAUAUAUCUGCAAUUGAUGGAGCUGUAUUGGAAUCUUGCUGCACUUUCAGAUUUUCCACGUUUGCUUCUGUGAUGUGUCCCAAGUGACACUGUAUCUGACUUCUUGAUUUUCCCCACCUUAAAAUUUGAUCUUAAGAAUCAUUCUUUAUAUUACAUGAUUCUUGUACAUAAUACAUAUGCCUAAAUGCUUAUCUUGGGAGCCAUGGUUGUACAAA